AUGAUGCGAAAAUCUUAUUUGAUUAUAAUAACAGUUUUCGUAGCUGUUACGGCAAAUACGAUAUAUAACACGCACGAUUCAGUAGCAGAUGAAUUUGACAAUGAUCUGGACCAUCACGAAGAAAGAGAAGGAAGAAUAUUAUUUCCAUUUGUAAGUAUCGUCCGUUUCGCGAACACGGACUGUGCGUCAACCAAUACAAUGAAUGGUAUAUGUUUGGCGCGACGAGAAUGCAACAACCUUAAUGGAACCAUCACGGGAACUUGUGCUUCUAGGAGAGGAAGAUGUUGUGUUGUUUCCCGAACGUGUGGCUCUACAACGAACGUAAACAAUACAUACUUCACAAGCCCCGGUUAUCCGGCAGCGUAUGCUGGUGGACAAGCAUGUACACUUAUUGUUAACAGAUGCAACAACAACAUCUGCCAACUUCGUAUAGAUUUUCUGGAUUUCGUGAUAGCACAGCCUGAUGGUGAUGGUGUCUGUGUCACAGAUUCUAUCACUAUUACUGGUGGAAACACGAUAGUUCCACCGUUGUGCGGCGACCUCACAGGACAAACGAUUUUCGUAGAUUUUAACGGAAAUGCAGCGAUUACAAUUGCUGUGACAGCAACUCUAGCUACCACUUUUGCAAGGAGAUGGAAUAUGAGACUUACUCAAUUGGGAUGUGAUUGUCCUGGCUUAGCUCCUAAUGGUUGCCUGCAGUAUUACACAGGAAUUACGGACACCAUAAAUAGUUUCAAUUACGGUACAGGAGCUAAUACUCUUCUCAGUGCCUCCUUGGUCACAGGCACUAGACAGAUUGCGAAUUUGAAUUACGGUAUUUGUAUUCGAAUGGAGGCUGGAUAUUGUGCUAUACAAUACGCUCAGACAGCGAACGAUGUGUUCUCGUUCACGGUAACAGGCGACGUAGAGGGUGCCGACAAUACAGUACUGGGCACAGCGGUGGGGGCAGUCAACGACGGCGCUUGUGUUACGGAUUUCGUCGUGAUACCAAACCCUGUUGUUGCCGCCACUGCAGUACCAGUCGGCACUGACCGCUUUUGCGGUCUUGGAUUUGUCCCGGUUCAAACUGGAGCCAAGCCUUUUGUUCUGUACGUGGUGACAGACGGCAAUGAAGGUGCCACCGCAACCACCCCUCCGGACGUGGCCAAUCGUGGUUUCUCUCUGACGUACACCCAAAUCGCGUGCUGAG